GUCUCAACACGAUUCGAGUCAAAUCGGAAGGCGGAAAGUGGUCUCUCCGCUUGGGUUUCAGUACCAGUUUGCUCUUCGUGCUCAGCACAUCGAAUAUUUGUGAAGACGGUAUUCAACGACGACGACGACAACAACAAAUUGUCUUUUUUCGCGAACGAAUAGAAAAAAGGUGCAAAGAAUUUGUUUACCAGUGUGAACGCGUGUGAGUGCAACAACGGGGAAAAGUGAAAACAACACAAAUACAGCAGCAAAACACCACUAAGACCUAACGGUAAAAAAACGCCGCAAAGUAUUCCCCAUCUACGUAUCCUUCCUGUGGAUUAAAAAGGAUUCUAGAGCCGACUUGAGUGGACUUCUCCAAACUGCUGCUGGCGUAGCCGAGUCCCCGAAGCCAAGAUGCCUGCGGAAGUUAAACCAUCCGCGCCCGCUGAGCCGGAAACGCCGACCAAGAGCAAAGCCAAGACGAACUCCUCGUCGCACGGAAAGCCCGCCCUCGCCCGAAUCACCCUGCUGGAUGGCUCCAUUCUGGAUGUGUCCAUUGAUCGCAAGGCCAUUGGUCGCGACGUGAUCAACUCCAUCUGCGCCGGUCUGAACCUCAUCGAAAAGGACUACUUCGGCCUGACCUAUGAGACGCCCACAGACCCGCGAACCUGGCUGGAUCUGGAGAAGCCGGUGUCCAAGUUCUUUCGCACGGACACCUGGCCCCUCACCUUCGCCGUAAAGUUCUAUCCGCCGGAGCCGUCGCAGCUGAAGGAGGACAUCACGCGCUACCACCUGUGCCUGCAGGUGCGCAACGACAUCCUGGAGGGCCGACUGCCCUGCACGUUUGUCACUCAUGCGCUGCUCGGUUCGUACCUGGUGCAGUCGGAGAUGGGCGAUUACGAUGCCGAGGACAUGCCCACGCGAUCGUAUCUGAAAGAGUUCAAGAUCGCCCCAAAUCAGACGCCCGAGCUGGAGGAUAAGGUCAUGGAUCUGCACAAGACCCACAAGGGCCAAUCGCCCGCCGAGGCUGAGCUACACUACCUGGAGAACGCCAAGAAGCUGGCCAUGUACGGCGUGGAUUUGCAUCCAGCCAAGGACUCCGAGGGCGUGGACAUCAUGCUGGGCGUCUGUGCCUCCGGUUUGCUUGUCUACCGCGAUAAAUUGCGCAUAAAUCGCUUUGCCUGGCCCAAGAUCCUAAAGAUCUCGUACAAGCGCCACCACUUCUACAUCAAGAUCCGACCCGGUGAAUUCGAGCAGUACGAGUCCACCAUUGGCUUCAAGCUGGCCAACCACCGAGCCGCCAAGAAGCUGUGGAAAUCGUGCGUGGAGCACCACACCUUCUUCCGCCUGAUGACCCCGGAACCGGCCAGCAGGUCCAAGAUGUUCCCGCACUUCGGAUCCACCUACCGCUACAAGGGUCGCACUCAGGCCGAGAGCACUUCCACGCCCGUGGAUCGUACGCCUCCCAAGUUCAAUAGGACUCUGUCCGGAGCUCGUCUCACUUCUCGCAGCAUGGAUGCCCUGGCCCUGGCCGAAAAGGAGAAGGUGGCCCGCAAGAGCAGCACCCUGGACCAUCGGGGCGAUCGCAAUGCCGAUGGGGAUGCCCACAGCCGCAGUCCCAUCAAGAACAAGAAGGACAAGGAUGCGGAGAAGGAGGCCAAGUUGCGCGAGAAGAAGCUUAAGGAGAAGGAGGAGAAGGAGCGCAAGGAGAGGGAGAAGCGCGAGUUGGAGGAGAAGAAGAAGGCCGAAAAGGCGGCCAAGGCAGCACUGGCGGCUGGUGCCGCUGCAGGAGCUGCCGUUAACGGCAAUGACGAGCUGAAUGAUUCCAACAAGUCUGACAAAUCCUCAGGCAGACGUGGCGUGGGCAUAUUCUCCUCGGGCCGCAAGAGCAAGAGCGGCUCCCCAUCCAAGGAUGGCAAGGACAAGUCCGGCAAGGACAAGGACAAGGAAGUGGGUCGGCUUGGUCUGGUCGUUACUUCGGGUCUGGGCGAUGGUCAGCAGGAUCAGAAUUUGGACGAGGCGGCCAGGAAUGCGGCCAAGAACCGGGGAUCCACCACUCCGGGCGUCACCAGGCAGUAUGAGUAUGCCGUCGAUGAGGAUGGCAAUGCCAGUCCCACCAGGAAGUCGUAUACCCCGGGUGGCUUCCGUUACGAUCAGGAUCCCAAUUCCAGGAAGUCUGGUGCCGACGGUCAGGAGCAGCUGUCUCCAGCCUCGCAGCAAAAGAAGAUCGGGCUGGCCUUUAACUAUGCGCCCGGCAACGAGAACGCUCUGAAGGAAACGGCCGAGAAGCUGAAGGCGGGGCAGCUGUCUCCUCGCACCCAGGACAAGCUGAACCGCGGUCAACUCUCGCCCAAGUCGCGGGCCAAGCUCCUGCAGGAUCCCCUCCUCUCGCCCACCACUCGUGCCAAGCUCCAGGGCAGUGCUGUGGAUGCGGCUGCUGUGCCGCUCAGCGAUUCCCAGAAGCGAUCCUACUCGCCCACCAAGGGACCCCAGGGCUACUCCUCCGGAGCUCCGGGAAGCUACAAGCCCAUCGGAGAUCCCACGGCUGACUUCCUGGAGUCGCAGCGCUACAACAGGGAGCCGGGAUACGUGGGACCCUCCCAAGCUGCCGGUGCUGCAGGUGCUGCUGGUGCUGCUGGUUCCAAGAAGCCUGGUUCUCCCACCAAAUCAGGAAAGGGAGCUCCAGGAUUUGGAGCAGCUGGUGUCGCAGCAGCUGGAGCAGCAGCAGCUGCGGCGGCUGCCAAGCCGAAGAAGAGGCGUGUCAAGAUCAUGGUCAUCACCUCCAAGUUCGAUCCCUCGACCAAGCGCAUUGAUGCGGAGAACGGAAGCAUUGAGCACUCCACGGGCAUCCUAGACCCCGCCACCGGACUCAUCGACACCAAGUACGGAGUGAUCGAUCCCAAGAAGGGAACCCUGGAGGCUUUGAACACCAAGACCGGCAAGAAGGAGGUGUUCCAAGGCGAUGUGGAUGGCAAGACGGGCAAUCUCCACUUGGUGUCCGGAGUGGCGGAUCCGAAGACAGGACGCCUGGACGACAGCCUGGGUCAGAUCGUUUGCAUCACCCCGCAGGAUAAUCCUGUGGUGGAGCUAACGGUGAUCACCAGUCGCAUUGACCCGGCCACUGGAAAGAUUGACACUGUCAACGGGGACGUGGAGCGAUCGCUGGGCGUCCUGAACUUGGACACCGGACUGCUGGACACCAAGUACGGCGAGAUCAACACACGCACCGGCGAACUAAAGGCCAUCGAUCCCAAGUCUGGCAAGAUUGUGGUCAGCAAGAAUGUGAAGGUGGAUCCGGGCACCGGGCAGAUCACCAUUCUGGGCGUUAUCGAUCCCAAGACGAACAAGAUCGAUCCGAACCAGGGUCGCCUCAUCGAGGUGGGCCAACAGAUUGACCCCAUUGUGGAGGUCACCUCGUUGGCGGGUAAGUUUGACUCCAAGAAGAACAUCAUCGAUGCCAAGACGGCGCAGGUGGAAACCUCUGGUGGUCAGUUCGAUCCCAAGGCUGGCAAAAUCGAUACCAAGUACGGUCAGAUUGAUCUGGUUAAGCACACCAUCACUUUCAAUGACCCCAAAUCAGGUAAGACGGUGACCAGGGACAUCAAGAUUGAACCCACGACCGGACAGAUUGUGCUGAAGAACCAGGUGAACCCGAAGAACAACAAGCCGGACAAGGACUAUGCCAGGAUUAUCUCGCUGAGGAUCGUGCAACAGCGCGUGGAUCCGGCCACCAAGGCGCCCAUCAGCCAGGUCAGCGCCUCCAAGGACAAGGACAUCGUGGUGGAUCCCAAGUCCAACCAGAUUUGGGUGCCCACCGGAGCCACCGAUCCGGCCACCAAGGAGCAGCAGUACAUCUCCAGCAGCGUCGACCCCAAGACGGGCUAUGUCAUCACCAUCUACGGCUACCUCGAUCCCAAGACCAACGAGAUCAAGAAGCAGACCAAGCUCGACCCGAACACUAUCAAAAUCGAACCCACGUCUGGCAAGAUUUACACCGCCACCGGGGAGGUGGACCAGGCCACCGGGGAGCCGCUGUACGCGGCCACCCAGGUGGAUCCCGAGUCCGGCGAGGUCUACACCAAGCUGGCCCGCGUCGAUCCGAAGACGGGCAAGAUCGUGAUCGUGCGCAUCCUGCUCAUCUCGAAGACCGACGAGCGCGGUCGUCCGGAGGAGAUCGAUCCCUCCACCUGCGAAAUCGAUCCCGUCUCCGGCCGCGUUCUUAAGUUCUUCAAUAAGACCGUUUAUGUUUACAAUAUGAUUGAUCCUGUGACCGGUGAAAUUGUGCAGGUGGACCCCAAUGACCCGCGCUUCGCCGGCGCCCGAACCACGGUGACCCACACGAUGACUCUGACGGGCGAGAUCGAUCCCGUGACCGGCAGGAUCAAGAGCGAGUACGGCGACAUUGACCCGAACACGGGAGAUAUCGACCCGGCCACGGCUGUCACGGAUCCCGUGACCGGCAAACUGAUCCUCAACUACGCCCAGAUCGAUCCCUCGCACUUCGGCAAGCAGGCGCAAGUGCAGACCACCACGGAAACGGUGCCCAUCACCCGGCAGCAGUUCUUCGACGGGGUCAAGCACAUAGGCAAGGGCGCCCUGCGGCGGGACUCCGAGGGCAGCUCCGAGGACGACAUGACCGGGCAGUAUGGCAACGACCAGGUCAAGGACAUCGUGCUAAACAGCUCGGCGGGUCAGGCGGCCGGCAAGCUGGGCAAGCCGGUGAGCACGCCCACGGUGGUGAAGACCACCACCAAACAGGUGCUGACCAAGAACAACGAUGGCGUGACCCACAACGUGGAGGAGGAGGUGCGCAACCUGGGCACGGGCGAGGUCACCUACUCCACGCAGGAACACAAGGCUGAUGCUACACCCACCGACCUGAGUGGCGCCUAUGUCACGGCCACCGCUGUCACCACCCGCACCGCCACCACGCACGAGGAUCUGGGCAAGAACGCCAAGACGGAGCAGCUGGAAGAGAAGACGGUGGCCACCACCCGCACCCACGAUCCCAACAAGCAGCAGCAGCGCGUCGUCACCCAGGAGGUGAAGACGACGGCGACGGUGACCAGUGGGGACCAGUAUCAGAGGCGGGAUAGCGUUUCCUCGACCAGCUCUGGCGACUCGGGCACGCCCAUCGACGGACCCUACGAUGGUGCCAGUGUGGUGCGCACAGAUAACCAGAAAUCUCCGCUGUACACGACCUCCGCCACCACUGGACCCCAUGUGGAGAGCACCCGAGUGGUGCUGGGCGAGGACACCCCCGGCUACUCCGGACAUGGCGAAAUCAUCUCCACCCAAACCGUGAGCAGCAAAACCCGCACUGUGGAAACCAUAACCUACAAAACCGAACGCGAUGGCAUUGUGGAGACCCGAGUGGAGCAGAAGAUAACCAUUCAGUCCGACGGAGAUCCGAUCGAUCAUGACAAGGCUUUGGCCGAGGCAAUACAAGAAGCGACGGCCAUGAAUCCGGACAUGACGGUCGAGAAGAUCGAAAUUCAACAGCAAACGCAGUAGAUUUUAUAACUAUUUCUAAACACUUCUGAGGAUUUUCUAAGUAAACCAGCACACACUCACAUACAUGAACACCAGCCCACGCAUACGCAGCACUUGCAGUACACCUUUUAUACAACCCUUAUCGAUAUAUAUUAUAUACAUGACCUCGAGCUGAUGACCCACAUGACAUAACGAUAAGAAAGAGAUCGACUCCCAAGUAUCCGUUACCGCUACCGUCUACGAAAAAUGCAUCCACAUGUUUAUUAUUUUUAUUACAACUGUUGUUUAUAAUUACUUUUUAUUACGUAUAUUAUAUAUUAAAUGUGCAAGGCAACGUUGAAAUGAAAACUCUAUAUAUUGUAAACCACGAUUGCAUUCAAAUACAAGAAUAAAACCUAAAUGUACACACAAAAAA